AUGGAGGAACAGCAGCUAGAUCUGGAGAUUGAACAGCUGUUCAAAGAACUUGAGAAUAUUCCUGCACAAAGUGUGUAUGAUCCUACCUUUGAUGCACUUUUAUUAUCUGGAAAUCUUGAUAAUUCCACCUUCACCCAAUUUCCUGCUCUCCCAUCACUGGAAGAUAGCUCGACCUACCCGCCAGAGAGUACGUACAUUCAGGCUCUUGAGCUAGAGAAUCAAGAGAUGAAGACGGAAAUCCAGUCACUGAAGAAUGAAUUAGAAUAUUUGAAAAGGUCUCUUCUGAUUUUGUAUCUGUCAAGUCAUUAA